AUGCUUUACAACCAUAGAACAGACUGGGACUCUCUCCGAGAAUAUGUUGAUGAGGCAAUCAAUCUAAAGGUCAAGCUAAAAACUGCUGAGGAUAUAGAUCAGGCUCUGAAACAUUUUACAAACCUGGUCCAAGAGGCAUGCUGGAGAAUGACUCCUGUCCUAGAUAGUUCCAGAUACAAUACCAACUUACCACUAUACAUUAAAGAUAAAAUAAUUGAAAAAAGAAGACUGCGUAGAAUCGGCAUUAGAGACAUCCCAAGACAAAGACCUUGA